CCUGUUUGGGCGAUGAGGCGAUGUGCCCUGGUGUGACCAGCUUGCCAACCACACCAGAACACAACCAAGAGGCUCAACGGUUUCCUGACCGCCCGAUGGUCCUGUGGCAACAGCGGGGUUCACGUGCGACAUGGGGGUUCGCUUCUUCCUACAAGGUGAUCGACGAGAACUUCGACUUCCUUUCCUACAUCGAAGACGUGGAGCAGAAUCGCAAGGCAGCAUUUGUUGAACAGCUACUUUGGGCCAUCAAGAAUAGCAAGUUUGAGAACACAAUCAGCCCAGAAAUUUUGUCUGCCAUAGCAAUGAAAGGCAAGAGAAACAAAAAACAAGUGUAUCGUCAGCAUGACGACGCAGAGAAAGGUGCCAAGGGUUGUGCGAUUGAAAGCUCACAGGAUGCCAUCGGAGAGACAAAAGAUUCGCCGGCUACCCAGAAGAAUGCAAGUCCUCUACCGGCAAACUCUGAAACCCAGUCCGAGGCUGACGUGGAAAGCGGAGCAUCGCGGAGGCGCAGCGACCCAUCGAUCGCCUCGCGAGCGGAAGAUAAGCACCACAAGAAGGUUUCAGGCCGGAAUGAUGCUGAAGUCCUGCAGAAGCCUUCUUCUGAUCCAGCGUCAAAAGGUGGUAGCGAGGAGAAGAAGAAACGACCCCAGAACCCCGCCAAACAACACUCAAAGUCUACCACGGUACCGCCGGGCCAGGAGAGAAACGAUCAAGUGGGUGGAGCCAUCGAUGCAGAUUCUUCGAGCAAGAUCGAGAAAUAUUCUUUGAAUGCAUUGCUGCAGAGAAUCCCAGACAGGAA